GAAGAAAAACAACAACACGAUAAUAAUUAUGAAUUAUUAAUCAAGGAUAAGAAAAGUAAAUCUUUUCAAGGUGAUCGUUAAAAAGGAAAAAUAUCGGAAUGACGAUUCGUGUUCAAUCUAGUGACAUAUACAUAUCAUACAUACACAUACAUAUACACCCACACACAUAUAUAUAUAGUUGAAUGUAUAACGGUAUUAUGUAUGUAUAUACGAUCUUAGAAGUCGCAGAUUUGUGGUCGUAAAGAUAGGUGUGUACUCAACAGUAUUUGAUCACCCGUUGGAUGAACAAAACGCUUCGUCUAACGCAUUCUCAGUCGACGAAGGAACGUUCUCUCGCGUGGUUCCCAUCUACAGGUGUGCGAGUGAUCAUCUCCCUUAGACGAGAGUGUAGCCAUCCAAGUAUGGGAGUCACUCACGCCAGCAGUCUAUUCGUCGUGCUCGCUGUAUUUCUGAUAACAGUGGAAGGAGGCGAUAUAAUACGCAAGAGUAUUGUUUUCGACAAGAACACGCCGGACGUGUUUUAUUGUCCCCAGCACAAGCCAACUGGAUUUGAAAAAAUGAUCGUAAAAGCGAAACCUUUAUGGAGGCUUUGUCAAUUUGAGGGUAAACCCAUUCCAGAAGAUUAUAAAAGCGACUGUUACAAUGAUGUCGACGAAUCGGAGUACGCUUGUAAGGAAAAAUAUAGAAUUAUGAUGAGACUCCAUCCACCGGGAAGCAAUACACCGUAUAACGGAACACGUCUUUCGAAAUUUCUUACUGUCGAUAAAAAUGAAUAUGUAAAAAAGAAUCGAGUAUAAUUUUAUUCUAUUAUUUAUUUGUUGAGAAUUACAUAUGAAGAAAGAAUAUAUUAUUAUAACAUAUUAAAAAAGAAAAAGAUUAAUAUAUCAGCAAUAAUAUAUCAGCAUUGCUUAAUUAUAUACAUGGUAUAAAACUAUAUACAAGUAUUAUGUCUGUGUUAUAUCAUUCAAUUUGUGCGCAUAUGCAUGCUAAAAUUAUUGAGAUCUUUUAAUAAAUAUUCAUACUCCAAA